AUUAAAGAACGUGUAACAAUCCUUUUGAAUCGUACUGGACGGAGCAUCGCAAAUGUGAAAACCGUAUUGGAAGCUACAUCGAUUGGAUGUCAAAACAAAAUUAAAGAAAUAAAAUUCCUGUAUUCUAAAUUUGGAUGUUGUAAUAUGUUAACCUUCUUUUAUGUCUCAGAAUAUCAUAAAAACUUGGGCGAUGGCGAUCAAGUUAAGACUGAAAAUGUGGAGAAGCAAAUGAUUGAAACUCUGAUAGCUGAUUUAACGCUAUAUCAAGAUUUUAUCAGCGCAAAUGCAACCAAGAUUAGUAAUUCAAGUUCAAAACCUGGAUUUUAUUAUACUGCAGACAAUUCAGGAUUGCAAUUAAUAACAGGUUUUAAUGAUAUUGCAGAUAAUGUUGUGGGUAUAUUAUACAAUGUCCAAGACCCAUGCUCAUCUCAAUGCCAACAAUCUUUACCUGCAAUUUCAAAUGAUCUUAACAACUCGAGGAUAGCAGUAAUAAAUUUAAGUUCCAAUUGUCCAGUUAAUCAACAAAUCAUUUCUGUACAAAAUUGUAAGGAUAUUGGAGCAAUUAUUUUUGGUAGUGAAAGCGGUGAUUCCUUAAAAAAAGAUUCAGUUACUAUCACAGUAUUAAGAAUCAAAACCAGUAUGGGAAAUAAGCUAUUAACUACUAUGAAUGAUACUAUAAGUCAAAGUUCCGGAUCAGAACUAGUUCACGCAGUAAUCAUUUACACGCAAGAUAGUUAUGCUAACUCUUGGAAACUUGCUAUAAUUAUAAUUGGCUCAUUGCUGGCAGUUUCAUUUUUGGUUUCCAUUUUAAUUCACUGUCGUUUAUAUCAACUAAGACGUCGUGAACGAAGCAUGAUGAUGGCUCAGCAUGAAGCUAAUAUGAAUUCUAAAUUACAAGUUUUUACAUUGGAUAAAUCUAUUGUUAAAAAUUUUCCUACUAAGACAUUUCGGAAGCAAGAUAAUACCAACCAAUCCGAUGACCCUUUUACAUCUGUUGGCACUUCUAUUGCUUCGUCAUCAAAAAAUGCCAAAAAUAAUGAUUAUUCCAAUGAUGUAUGUGCUAUUUGUUUGGAUGAAUUCCGUGAUGGUGAAAAGUUGAGACAAUUACCAAAGUGCUCUCACAUGUAUCAUACUGAAUGUAUCGAUCGUUGGCUUACAACAAAGUCAUCACUAUGUCCCCUUUGUAAGCAGGAAACUGCACCGCAAGAUGUAAUUGAUAAGAGAGAAAAAAGAUUUGCUCAAGCCUUACAGGUUCAUUCAAAUCUUGAUUCGAUUUAUGACACAUCCAACAGUCGAUCUAAUAGAUAUAGUAGAUACAAUAGACACAGUAGACGUCAUAGUAGAUCAAAUUCCAAUUCUUCUAUUUUCUCACGGAUUCUUAAUAUCUUUGGUUUUGGAAAUUCUAACAGUAAUGGAAAUCGUUCUCGCAUGACACCAAACAACGGAAACGUGAUUGCCAUUCAAGAACUUUCUCCAGCCGUCAUUCGUUCUGAUAAUACUUCGCGCAUGGUAUAA